CCCAGGGUCCCAGCCCCUUCCCCAGGCUGAUCCUGCGGGCUGGGACCUCCCAGCCGGAAAACACUGCCCUUUCCUGUGGCCUACUCCUUCCACAGGCCGACGACUCUCAGAAGAGGAGGAGACGGAGACCGAUUAAGAAAAUUAGCAUUCAUUAACCCGGUUCGAGCUCAGGCCCCCGCGGAGGGGAGGGGCGCGCCAGGCGGCGGCGUCUGGGUGACCGGCGGGCGCAGGUGCCGCCACGGGCGGAAUUUUACGCUCCCGGGCCGGCAGCUGCACCACUUGCGCCUCGUCGGGCGUCUGGGGCAGCCGCCAACAGCUUGCCCCUACUUUAGGCAAAUCCCUUUAAAAGACCCCGAGGGAGAAGACACGCCUCCCUCUGAACUGGAGAACCUGUAGCGUCUGCGGUUCGUCGCGUGUCCAGCUGCUCAGCCGGUAGCUCCGGCAUCUCCAGGGCGUUAAGUCCACUCUCCGGGUUUUGGCUGCAGCUACUAGGGGAGCGAGCUGGAAACUGACAGAACGCGACCCUCCCCCUCCGCGCUCACCGGAGCCCGGGCUGCGAGGGACCCGGGGAGCUGCGGCCGGGCUGGGGCGGCGCACUCAGGUGGCUUCGCUUCCCUGCGGGUCACCGCCCGCCACGCCGGAACCUCGCACAGCUAGGUCGGCUUGUUGGGAUCGGGAGAGGUUUUUCCUGGUGGUGGUCAAGACUGGAUGAUGUAACUGGCUUUCUAGGAAGGCUCACUUGGCCAUAGCCUCUGGAAGGUUCUCUUUGACCCCAUCUCAAUUCAUAGUGACUUCUGAAGCCACUUGAGAAAAAUGAUGUGACAGUUCCUUAUCAAAAAGGAUUCUUCAGAAAUAUAUACCAUCUGAGAAGAAAGUGGCACUUUUUCCCUGCUUGCAAGAUAGACAUCCUCAAAUUCCAAAAUGCCAGCCAAGACGCCAAUUUACCUGAAAGCAGCCAAUAACAAGAAAGGAAAGAAAUUUAAACUGAGGGACAUUCUGUCUCCCGAUAUGAUCAGUCCCCCGCUUGGAGACUUUCGCCACACCAUCCACAUCGGCAAAGAGGGCCAGCAUGACGUCUUUGGAGAUAUUUCCUUUCUUCAAGGGAACUAUGAGCUUUUACCUGGAAACCAGGAGAAAGCACACCUGGGCCAGUUCCCUGGGCAUAACGAGUUCUUCCGGGCAAACAGCACCUCAGACUCGGUGUUCACAGAAACACCCUCCCCAGUGCUCAAAAAUGCCAUCUCCCUCCCGACAAUUGGAGGGUCCCAGGCUCUCAUGUUGCCCUUGUUGUCACCAGUGACAUUUAAUUCCAAACAGGAGUCCUUCGGGCCAGCAAAGCUGCCCAGGCUUAGCUGUGAGCCUGUCAUGGAGGAAAAACCUCAGGAGAAAAGCAGCCUGUUGGAGAACGGGACAGUCCACCAGGGAGACACCUCGUGGGGCUCCAGCGGUUCUGCCUCUCAGUCCAGCCAGGGCAGGGACAGCCACUCCUCAAGCCUGUCUGAACAGUACCCUGACUGGCCAGCCGAGGACAUGUUUGACCAUCCCGCCCCCUGUGAGCUCAUCAAGGGAAAGACUAAGUCAGAGGAGUCCCUCUCUGACCUUACAGGUUCCCUCCUCUCCCUGCAGCUUGAUCUUGGGCCCUCACUUUUGGAUGAGGUGCUGAAUGUCAUGGAUAAAAAUAAGUAACAGGAUGCCAACUUUUUUCCUUUGGGGUAAAAGGUACAAAAAAUAAACUAACUGCAGUGGAAGAGAAGGGCUUCCGGAGCUGUAUUUGCAGUUUUGUGAUGGGUUUUCUAAAAUAAUAUUCUUACAAAGUAUUUUUUUACCUGUUAUGCUCUGUUUGCAAAAACAAUUUAGAAAAACAACAACAAAGCAAAACGUAUCUUGGCAAAUCAGAGCCCACUUUCAGCAGGCAUUGGUGAUGUUCGGCUCAUGUAUUGUUUGCAGACACACAAGAAAUCUGACUUGGCCAGGAUUGGCACUAGCUCUGAAGGGCUGGGCGAGUCGCAUUAAGGAACUUUACAGCACUCCGACAUUUUCUGAGCAAGAGGAAGUCAAAAGUUAUUUAACACCUAAGCCUUUUUUCUAGACUCUUUUCUAUAUAUUGCUUGGGCUCACCAUAGCGAAUUCUCCAGUGUUAAAAACUUUUCUGUUUUCACAUUUGAACUUUAUGGGUUUUGGGGAUUCUCUUGUAGUUCUUAUAUAUCCCUAUAUAUUAUAUCUAUAUUGCAAAUUUUGACUGUCAGCUACUUGUUGGUAAGACACAGGCAAAGUAUUACUGUAACUAAGUUAUUUUUAAAGUUAAAAUAUAUUUUUACGUGCCUUUGGCUUUUUAUUGCAGAGUCUACAUUUUAUAGAUCCUACAUCAGAUCUUGUCACUUGACUUGUUUCCAUUGGGAUUCCACUGUAAGCUGUGUAUGUGUGUGUUUGGAAAAGUGUAUUCAUACUUAGUUUUUGCUUCAUCUGUUAUCAUACUUUUAACAGCAACCAAUAAUGGAUUGUAAAGUAUAAAGGCACAGGUUAUUCAUGAUGCUUCUGCAGAGACUGUGGGCUACACCACGUAAUGUUAUUUGGAAAUAUAGGUAUAUUAGUACAGUACAUACUUGCAUUACGUAGGUACUUCAAACAACACAAUAAAGAGUAAAUGAUAAGUGAAAGUGAACUUGCUUGUUUACAGUAAUAAACAAGACCAUAAGAGUCUGAGUCUAGCUAGAUAAAUUGCUUCUCUGAAAUGUACAUGAGCCUUUAAAAUAAGAGAUGAUUUCCAUCUAUUCUAAUUUUGAUUACUUCCUUAUGGUUUGAGAGGCUAGAAACUGGGCCUCCCUACUUUAGGAUAAAUGAACAUGUAAGGUCAAAUUUUUUUCUUUUUAAUGUCAGUACUGAUCCACCCUCUCAGUGCUCAUUUCUGAGCAUCUUCCUAACUUGAACACCUUCUACAGCAAACUCUUGCAAGUCCAGUUUCAUCCCUGUAGGACAAAUGUCUGUUCAUGCAGCAAGUGCCAUAUAGACAAGAUUAAGGCAGCUAAAGCAGGAGCAGUAGAGAGCACUUACCCCACCCCAAGGUGCCAGAGAUGCCCUGAGGAUGUUGGUUAAAGAAACAGGAGCAGGAAAUGUACACAGAUUCCUGUCCCUUUGCCAACCACUCCUUCCCCGUCAAAGAAAAACACUUGCACCCAAUAACUGCCAGCAACGUCUCUUAAACGUGUAUUUCUCCUUGAAAUGUAUCUCAGAAAUGACCUCCUCCCAACCACUUCAACAAUUCUUUUUUUUGGGUUUUGGGUUCUUGCAGUUCUAUCGUCUAAAAUAACCUUUGGACUGCAGGUGAAAUGUAAUUAGGACAACUUACCCAGUAGACAAAACAAGUUCCCCUAGGCAGGGGCAUCCAGUAUUUUGUCUUCCCUGGGCCACAGUGGAACAAUUUUCUUGGGCCCCAUGUAAAUAUGCUAACACUAACCAUAGUUGAUGAGCUUUAAAAAAUUUUUUAAAAAACUGCAAAU